AUGAAGAAUCAUCGCCGAAAAGCGUGCUAUUGGAGCCAUAGAUAUAAACGUCAGUUUCGCGGACGUGAACGAUGCAUUAUUUUUAGUGCGUUCAAGUACGGCGAACAAAAUCGGAGGCGACACCCCUGCGUAUGUCUGCCCUCGGAGUCCUCGAAAGUCCCCUCGAGCACGAUAAAUGAUUUAUCUCCGUGUCCCUCGCCGUUGAUCCCCGUCGUUGGUGUUCGUGCCACGCGGGGGAACGGACACGCGUCCAGCGGUGCUCAGAAAGCCACUUUCGCGACACCCACGUGCCGGGAUAAACACGUGGAUACGAUAUGGUUUGAGCACUGUCUAUCGGAGAAUCAGCGGAGUCAGUCAGUGGUGGCCGGACGUGCGCCCAUGAGACGAUUCGUUCAACAAUCACUUCCUUUUUCCACGUCGACGCGCUUUGUGAGUGCAUCUCGCUAUCCGGUCGUGGUGAAACUCGGACACGCCCACGGUGGAGUGGGAAAAGCUCGUGCUGAGACGAAUCAAGAGUUUCUAGAUCUCGCCUCUUUGGCCGCUCUGGCUAACACUUAUUGCACGGCGGAGCCGUACGUCGACACCAAGUACGACGUUCACGUGCAGAAAAUAGGCAAUAACUACAAGGCGUUCAUGCGGAAGAGCAUAAGCGGAAACUGGAAGUCUAACACCGGUUCGGCGAUGUUGGAGCAAUUAGCUGUGAGUGAAAGACAUCGCACCUGGGUCGAUCACGUGACCCAAUUGUUCGGUGGAUUGGAUAUCUGCGCGAUCGAGCUGCUGGUCGGGAAGGAUGGCCGGGAAUACAUAAUCGAGGUGAACGACAGCGCGUUGUCGUUGAUGGGAGACUCGCAGGAGGAGGAUCGCCGUCACAUUGCAGACCUCGUCACCGCGAAGAUGCAGAUAUAUUGUCGACAUCCGGGCGUGUUGACGAAAACAACAUCCAGAGGAUCGAUGUCCGGCUCGAGUCACGCAAUGAGUCCGCUUGAAGAUCGUGGUGUGCCAGCAGCCGCUCCGCUGGGAUCUCAUGGAAGCAUGGGAUCCAUGGCUAGCAUAGGAAGUUUAGGGUCCGUGGGCUCAGCGACAGCAAUGGCGGGCGACGUAACUAGCUCUGACAGCCAUCAUCAGUUGCAACGACGCGAUUCACAAGCAUCGCAAUCAAGUACAGUGAGCAGCGCUCCAUCGGUUGGUCGACGUCAAGAAGAAACUAUAACGUCGAGAAUACCUUUCCACAGACAAGGUAGCCAGUCCCAUAGCGAAGACACCGAAGACACCAUGAAGAAUCUUCGGAAAACGUUUGCAGGGAUCUUUGGAGACAUGUAAAUUUCUCGAACGAACGUUGUGUGUACUGGAGCAAAGGAGAGAUCGUCUUAGAAUUGUUGUCAAAUUUCUGAGUUACUAAGAAAACUAUACUCGAGACGAAGAUGGAUUAGUUGGAACAUUUUUCGUGAAAGAUCGUAUUUUUCUUCGUAUAGUUUCCUUGUCAUUAGUAACGUAUGUAAAUAAUUUUGCAAACGGUGGGAUUUCUUCGAAACGCUCGGGCGACGUAUUAUUUAGAUUAAUUUGUCAAUUGAAUGAGAAUAGAUUGAAAAGGAAGCUGAACGUCGAUAUAUUUGCAGAUCAUCAAGCUCAUCUAAACGACGCUCGCGUCCUACACUGGGACGUCAUAUAA